CAUGUCUUGCUUUCCAAAAGGGAGGCGCUCGAAGCCGGUAGAGGGUGGUGGGAGAAAAGGCUGAUGAACCGGGUAGAGGACCUGAAAUGCGUUAUGCUUGCGUUAUAUUUUUUGAAUUGUACACAUUUUUACAUAUCUUUUAAAGACGUGAUAUCAGGUUGCUGACCCAAGAUUUGUCCACCAUUUCUCCGCAUCUUUUCAUCCGGUGUCUGUGAAGAACUUUGUGUUUGGUUUGCACAAAGAAGGGUUGUUAUUACUACACCGGCUGUAUUCAGUGGUUUCGAGUGUCCAGACUCUUUCUCUGAUCCACCAUGAGUGACAUGAGUGAUCUAGACAGACAGAUCGACCAGCUACGGAGAUGUGAGCUCAUCAAGGAAAAUGAGGUGAAAGCCCUGUGUGCCAAAGCCAGAGAGAUUCUAGUUGAAGAGAGUAAUGUACAAAGAGUGGACUCUCCAGUAACAGUGUGUGGUGACAUCCAUGGGCAGUUUUAUGAUUUGAAGGAGUUGUUUAGAGUAGGAGGAGACGUUCCAGAAACAAACUACCUCUUCAUGGGAGAUUUUGUGGACCGAGGCUUUUACAGUGUGGAGACUUUUUUGUUACUUCUUGCUCUUAAGGUGCGCUAUCCAGACAGAAUUACCCUUAUCCGAGGGAACCAUGAGUCAAGGCAAAUCACACAAGUAUAUGGCUUUUAUGAUGAGUGCUUAAGAAAAUAUGGCUCGGUCACAGUAUGGAGGUACUGCACAGAGAUCUUUGACUACCUGUCUCUCUCGGCCAUUAUUGACGGCAAAAUCUUUUGUGUACAUGGAGGUCUCUCGCCCUCAAUCCAAACUCUGGACCAGAUUAGAACUAUUGACAGGAAGCAGGAAGUGCCUCAUGAUGGCCCUAUGUGUGAUCUUCUGUGGUCUGAUCCUGAAGACACCACAGGCUGGGGUGUUAGCCCUAGGGGUGCUGGCUAUCUUUUUGGCAGUGAUGUUGUGGCCCAGUUUAAUGCUGCCAAUGACAUUGACAUGAUUUGUCGGGCACACCAGCUUGUCAUGGAAGGAUACAAGUGGCACUUCAAUGAGACCGUUCUCACUGUGUGGUCUGCUCCAAAUUACUGCUACAGAUGUGGUAAUGUGGCUGCAAUUUUGGAACUUGAUGAACACCUGCAGAAAGAAUUCAUUAUAUUUGAAGCCGCUCCACAAGAAACAAGAGGCAUUCCAUCCAAAAAGCCAGUUGCUGAUUAUUUCCUUUGAGCUUCCUUUGUCAAGCACUCUCAACAGGAAGUGAUGCCCUGUGUGUACUUUAAUUUUCUGACUCUGUUUCUCUUUUCCUGCCCAAUUGUCUUAAUUGUUUUUUCCUUACUCUGUAAUAUUCAAUUAUUUUUUUUCUACCUUUCAAAUGGUCUUAUCCUAUUCUGUCGUUGCCAUCAAGGACACACUUGACUUUAUAUUCUCAUACACUGCUCUGCAAUCUCUUGCUGUCAUUGUGCGCUGUAGAUGUAGACAUUAUAUAUGUGAAUAGCAGUAGAGACAGUACAGGCGUAAAGAUGUGACUGCUGGAAAUACAAGGCAGUUAGGGUGUUCCUCAGAAUGCAGGAGGUCUAAACAUUGAAUUUGUUUUUUCCCUCUUUCUUUUACAUUCUCAUUUAAGUUGUAAAUGUGUCAGAAAAUAUGGCAAUUUUCCUGCUUUAUUUACUAUUUACAUUCUUCUGAGUUAUAGUUUCACAGCUUUUUGUGAAGGACAGAAUUGCAGAUGCUGAGCUUCCCACACUGCAGUAACGUAUGGACAUUACCUACACUGGAAACAUUUGAAAGCAACACAAACCAAGUUGGAUUUAGAAAAUCUGUGUUUCCCUCUUGACUGUUCUCUCUAUAGGACUUAUUGUUGAUUUUUAUUUUUAAUUUGUGAAAAUAAAAUGUACUUUUGUAUAAAUAAGAUUCAA